AAGCGAUUUCUAUAUAAAGUGGCAACCAGGUAGCAGUUCGGGUAAACGGCAGGUGUAGGUGUGGAUGUGAGAAUCUUCAAUCAAUCAGGGCGCAGACAUAUAAAACAAACACCCCCAGCUCUUCUGAAGGUGCGGAUUACAACUCCUGCUUUUGAGCGGAUCUUCAAGGAGUUAUGAUGGCUUCAACCUAUGGGAUUGGGAAUAUUCUGACGGAUGUGAUGCGCUCCAUGUAUCAAACAGAAGAGAAUCAGCUUCUCUCCACGGGAGUUAAGGAACAGUUUCCCAGCCCAAUGUUACCAACAGACCUGCUCGAUUCCACCUCUUGGUUUCAACUGGAUCCUCUGUUGUGGAGCAAGCAGCAUGUCUUGGAGUGGAUCAGUUACCAUGUUGAGAAGCACAAGUAUGAUGCCAAUAAUAUCGACCUGUCCUUCUGUGAUAUGGAUGGAAGCACUCUUCGGAUACUAUCCAAGAGCCAGUUGGUAGCUAUCUUUGGUCCACUGGGCGAAGAACUGUACAAAAGCCAUCAAGAUUUAAGCAAAAACAGUUUUGAUUUAAUGCUGCCUGAUGACUUCAAUGACAUCCUUUUGCCCAGCAUCCUGCCAGAAGACAGUAGCGACUACAAGUUUCUGGACCCUGCAAUUUCCUGGAAUGAAUUAGAGUCACCAGACCAUUGGAAAACCUUGCCUGGUUUCCCACCCAGUGACCCUGGCUAUGAAUCUGCACCCACCUCUCCAUACAGUGUUGAUGACUCCAAUCCAGGAUCCCAAGCUCCUAACUCUCCAGACUCCGGUGGAAGUGAAUCAGAUUUUGAUCCCUCCAUAACACAUACUCAAUACGCAACUCAAAAUGAAGGAUUUCCUAAAAUUUUAAACGGUGAUUCCAAUCCUCCGAAACGAGGCAGAGGAAGACCAAGAAAAUUUGGCAGAGAAGAAAAGAACUUUGUAGAAACCAAGAAAAACAAACACUCCCCACGUGGCACUCACCUCUGGGAGUUCAUUAGGGAUAUCCUCCUUCAUCCAGAGAUCAACAAUGGCCUUUUGAAAUGGGAAGACCGGUCAGAAGGAAUCUUUAAGUUUCUAAAGUCUGAGGCUGUCGCACAACUUUGGGGUGAAAAGAAAAAGAACAGCAGCAUGACCUAUGAAAAGCUCAGCAGAGCCAUGAGGUACUAUUACAAACGCGAAAUCCUGGAGCGAGUGGAUGGGAGGAGGCUGGUCUACAAAUUUGGAAAGAAUUCGAGUGGUUGGAGAAUUGGAGAUGCAUGAUCAGAUUUUCUUUCUUCUAAUAUUAAAAUACAUUUGCUAAAAGUACAGAUGUUUGCUGGCAAACAAAUUCCAUCAGUUGGAGUGAGAUGAUCAAGCCUGCAAUGGACUUCUAACUUGCUCCAUUUUGGAGAUGUGCUCCAUGGGCAUUAAGUAAUGAAUUUUUGAGGAGGUGGAAGCAUUUUUUUCAUUUUUAAUUCUAUACAUUUUAUCAGACUCCAGCCUUUCAAGGCCAGAAGUGUGUGUCAUAAAGGUGGCACUUGAAAUAGUAAGCCUAUAUUUGGGCCAAAGUAGGUUAUUAAACCAAUUUAUACUGUUAUGGAUAAUGCUACAAGCUAUUUGAUUGAAACUCACUGAGUGUACAGCAAAUAUUUCAGAUGCAGUGGGUGAAUAUGAACCGCUCCAAGAAGCAAUCUCUUUGUUCAAUACUUCAAUGGUGUGUACAUAUGGACAAUGUGGCUGCAUUGCAGGACUUGUUUUCUUGCUUAUGCAUGGAGGUGUGUUUGCAAUAAGGCUAUCAAUCUCUAAGUCUGAGUAUAAAUGUCUAUUGAUGUUCCUUCACGGCCAUUUGAAAUGUUGGAAACUUAUUCAGCUGGACUGGUGCAAUUUCCACGGGAAUGUGACUGUACAUAUGAGUUACGAAGACACAAGGGUGAAAUGCCCUAAAUAGAUUGAAUGGAUUUUGUAAGAAAUUUUAAGUCUCUAAACAUUAUAAUUAUGGAUCUGUAUGUACUAUAUUUUCCUAUGGAAUACAUUGAUAUUUUGCAAAUAAAAACAAAUUUUAAAAUCCCAA